AUGAGAACGGCGUCUAGGGCGACGCGAAUCGUCACCGCGAAGGCCACGAAGACGACCGUGGACAAGAAAGCGGUUUCCCCCGAGGUGACGGCCUCGACUUCGGGGGACAAGGAGAAGGCCAAGGAUGGCGUGGUGCAGAUUGCUGGAUGUACGGUCUCUAAAGAUGGCAAAACCAUCAUCGACGGCGAAGGCAAAGGCCUUACGACGUACAAGUGGGACAAAGUCCAAGUGUGCCGACACAUGCUGAAGAAGCAUGCCACGUCUCUCGUCGAGUGCCUUGGGGAGAACCGAUGCGUGUCAUGCCGCAAAGGGGGUCGGGACCUCAAGAGCAACAAGGAGACCCAGCACUUCGACGAUCAGUUCUCGAGGUGCAUCUUCGGCGACGAUAAGGGCUGCUUGUGCUGCAAGUGGAAAGGGAGGAACGCCGAUUGCCGCGGCGCCAACAAAGCCGGUGCUCUUGCACCUCUCGCUGAGCACGAGAAGAACACCGCCGCCGCCGCCGCCCUUGCUGCCAGGGCCUCUACCCCGCCUCGCUUUCCCGUCUUUGGUGGCAUCGGAUCACCGACUCGCCCUCUCGCUCCUCCCGCCGCCGCCACCCUAGCGUUCGAGCAGACUACGCACGAUGUGGCCAAAAAAGUCCAAGCGGCCGGUGCGUGGUUGGAGAAGGUUCAGCAGGAGUGGGCGGACCUCGGGAAGUCUGACGAAGGCCAGGAGGACUGGAACGGUCUCGCCGAGAAGUUCCCAAAGGCUUCGGCGCUCCUUGCUGAGGCCAACGAGAUCAUCACCCAUCUCGACGGUGCCGCUUUGACCGGACUGGGGCGCGAGCUCGAGCAGGGCGUUACCAAGGUCAAGGCUGAACGGGAGACAGCUUUGCCGGCCACUCCCACCAGGACUCGAGCGGGAUGGGCUUCGAGGCCUUUCGGUACGGGAUUUGGGGCUCCUUCGUCGUGA